AUGACGUUUAACGUUUUGGUUAUAACCUAAAAAACAAUAUUAUGUGCUGAAUCUGGAUGGAAUAUUCGAAUUUUUGCAACGUUUUCAGAUUUUCCGUAUCAUGAAUGAAUAUGACAAAUUUUCACUCUUACAAACUCAUGUGAUCGAGCUAUUUUGACACGAUCACUAUGGCUUCGAAGAAUCAUUUACUUCUGAAUCCAAUUCCCGAAGAACCCAAACCAAAAAUACUAUGUUUCGAUAUCAGCAACAGUUCCAAAACUGUGCAAUUCAUAUUAUGCAGUUUAACAGUUUUUCUAUUUUUUUUACUUUAUGGUUAUAUGCAAGAACUGAUUUUCACAAUUAAUGGGUUUCAACCGUAUGGUUGGUUUUUAACUUUGGUUCAAUUCGGUUUUUAUACAAUAUUUGGAUAUAUAGAAACUAAAAUUCAAAAACUCAAAUCAAGAAGGAUACCCUUGAAGUCAUACUUUUUGUUAGCUCUUCUAACAUUAGGAACCAUGGGAUUUUCAAAUUCUUCUUUAGGGUAUCUGAACUAUCCUACCCAAGUCAUAUUUAAAUGUUGUAAACUUAUACCUGUAAUGGCAGGAAGCAUUUUAAUUCAAGGAAAAAAAUAUGGACCACUGGAUUUCAUUGCGGCAAUUUUUUUAUGUAUAGGAUUGACACUGUUCACUUUAGCUGAUUCACAAGUGCAACCUAAUUUCAAUACAACUGGAAUCAUCAUGAUAUCUAUGGCCUUGUUAUGUGAUGCUAUAAUAGGAAAUGUGCAAGAAAAGUCAAUAAAGACCUAUGGUGCUCAUAAUGCUGAAGUUGUUUUAUACUCGUACGCUAUUGGAUUCCUAUAUUUAUUAGUUAUAAUGCUUGCAACUGGAGAUUUUCUGGAAGGAUUGCAGUUCUUUUCUAAGGACCCUGAAAGAUGCUAUGGAUAUGCAUUUAUUUUCUCUUUGACUGGAUACUUAGGAAUACAAAUUGUAUUGACGUUAAUUACCAUAUCUGGUGCCUUCACUGCAGUUACAGUUACAACAUUCAGAAAGGCUCUAACGAUAAUAUUAUCUUUUAUAUUCUUUGCAAAACCUUUCACUUUACAGUAUUUGUGGUCCGGACUUAUAGUAGUUGUAGGAAUCUAUAUGAAUUUAUAUGCAAAGAAGAAUCCCAUAACUCUGUCUGAUUUGGAAAUGAAAAUUGAGCAUUUGUUCAGGUACUUGAAGCUCAGGGUUUCCUCUAGAAAAUAUCAUAAUCAUUAUAUGUCAAACAUCUGAGUAGUUACCAUACUCUAGCCCAAGGAAAAAUCCUUGAAAUGAGUGAAUUUGAAAUGUGAUCUUUAAUCAAUUAAAUUAUUUAAGGAUUUAAUUGAAAAGAUGAACUGUACAUUUGCAUUUCAAGUAACUAGAGAAAUUCCUAUCAGGAGUACGAAGAAUAAACAUUUUUUAAAAAUAA